UGAGUGGAAGGAAAAAGCAGAAGUAACUGCUGCUCUGACAGGGUGGCAGGUCGCCUCUCAGGACAGGGAGGGUCAACAUGAGGGGCCGCUAACUGGAGCCGCCCAGGGCCACCUGCCGCCUCAGUCCGCCUCUGAUCAACUUUGUUUUUAAUUGAUCUCCGGUUUCAUGUCGCCAGAAAGAUCGAUGAGAAGCCAGGGAUUCUGAUUGGACCUCCUGCAGCGAGCAGCCAAUGAACGGGUUAAUGCUCUCUGACGCAGGGUGGGUCAACAGGAGGCUGCGGGCCGCAGGUGGGCGUCCUGAGCAGCAGAGGAUCCCUGACGGCAGGAGCAGCAGCAGCUCUUCCUCCUCUUCUUCCUCCUGCAGACCCAGCCUCCACUCCACGGAUCCGCGCCGAGCCUCCGGGCAUGCCGCCCCGCCGCGCCGCUGAUCGGGACGCCGGGCAGCCGCCGCCGCCGCGCGGAUCACCGAGCUGAGGAAGCCCGGGGAGAUGAGCGUGACCGGGAGCCGGAGAUCCGCCAGCCUCCCGGUGCCAACUCCGAGCCGAUCUGGGGUGGCGUUGCUGUGCAGCGGCGAGAGCGGCGACAGCUUCGACGUCUGCCUGCGGCUGAGCAGAGACGCUCUGACCAUCCAGAAGCUGGACGUGGUCUGCACCGACGGCUCUGAGCCCAAAGCCAACGUAAGUUCACCCGCCGUCACCGCCGUGCGCUCACUUCCUGCUGCUCGACGCUCACUUCCUGCUGAAAAAAAUCCGUCUGCCAAUAAAAACUCCCCAUUUCUAAAGCACAGAACUGUAGUCCUGAGACGGCAGGUGGCUGGCGGUCUGGGCCUCAGCAUCAAGGGUGGAGCAGAGCACAACGUGCCCGUCGUCAUUUCAAAGAUCUUCAAGAACCAAGUCGCUGAUCAGACGGGGAAACUGUUCGUCGGGGACGCCGUGCUGCAGGUUAACGGGAUUAACGUGGAGCGCUGCACGCACCAGGAAGUGGUUCACCUGCUGAGAACUGCGGGCGAUGAGGUCACCAUCACCGUGCGCUACCUGAGUGAAGUCCCGUCCUUUCUGAAGCUGCCGCUCGGUUCUCCUGGGCUGGACCAGAACCAGACCUCCUCUCCGCUCUUCAACAGCGGCUUCCAUCUGAACGGGAACAACACGGCUCCGCCCCCUUCGCCCUCAGCGAAUGAGCCAAAGUACGAGAAGCGCUGGCUGGACGCCGUCUGCCUGCCUCUGCGGAUGGCCAGAGUCUCCAGACGGCGAGCCGGCAGCGAUAAGCUAAGGUCCAACUGCUUCGAGCUGUUCUCCCCGGAUGUGUCCAGCUCCAGCGUCCUGCAGUUCUGCUCGGCAGCAGAAAGUUCGGACUGGCUGCAGGCGAUCGCUGCGAACAUCGGCAAGCUGACGCAGGAGAGCAUUAAAAUGCUGAAUAAAUCCUCUUCUUCUGAUGAUCAGAUCGUCCACAUGGGCUGGGUGUGUGAGGCUCCAGAGAACAGCGCCCCCUGCAGGAGUUCGGCCUUCAGGUUCCUGGCGCUGAGAGGGCCGUAUUUUUAUAUCUUCAGACGGCCGCCGGUCGGCGCCACCGACUGGGGAAAACCUGAAACUACAUACAACCUCUAUGAGGUUCUUUUCAAGGUUCAUAAGCUGUGGCUAGCUGAGGACUGCUGGCUGCAGGCGCGACUCUUCCUGGGUCUGCAUGGUUCCCCAGAGCAGCCGGACGGCGACCCGCUCUGCUUCAGCAUCCUGGUGGGCCACGGCCAGAGCCACACCUUCAGGGUGGAGCUGGCCUCAGACCUGGCAACCUGGGACAAGUCCUUCCAGAGGGCUGUGUUCCUGGAAGUGCAGCGAGUCGGGUCUAAAAGCUACAUGUGCAGCAGCCAGGGGAGCGUUCUCAGCUUCACGCUGGAUUUCGGAUCCGGGUUCACCUGCUCAGAUGUGACUUCAAAGGCUGUUCUGUGGAGAUACAAGUUCUCUCAGCUGAAAGGCUCAUCUGACGACGGAAAAACCCGAGUCAAGCUGCUCUUUAAGAACGCUGACAGCAACCAAAUAGAAAUGAAGGAACUGGAGUUUGCCAACCUGACGGCGGUCCUCCACUGCAUCCACUCCUUCAUCGCUGCCAAGGUGGCGUCCAUGGAGCCCGGCUUCCUGUGCGGCCAGAGCCUCGCCCCACACAUCAGCAGCUAGACUUCCUGUUCCUGUCGCUCACCAGAAACGUUCCUGUUCCUGGAUGCUUUCCUGUAAACCUCUGUAAAGGUAGAUUAUUCUCACAUAGACGGUUUUUAUCCAGAUAGGAACAUGACGGUGAAUAUUUUCAGUUUGGGUCGGAGAGCACUUCCUGUUACAGCAGCGAGGAAUAAAGAUGCAAAAUAAAACUAAUUAUUGGGUCAUAUCAUGAAAUAUCUUAAUAAAAUUAUAACUAGAGAGCAAAUAAUCAAACAUUAAUAUGGAUUUGAUGCUGAUUCAUCAGUAAAAUUCAGACUUUUUAAAUAGAAACUGCAGCUGCUUCUGGUCUAAUGUUGCUGAUUAUUACAUCAUAAAAUAAUAAUUCUGGUUUAUUUAAUACAUUAAUUAUUAACAUCUAGCUGCAGGUUAUUACUGCCAGGUAAUUACAGUGCAAUACUUGUCAUAAUAAUAAAUGAUUUUUAUUAAUAUUAGUAAGCUAAAAGCUGUAACAGGAAGUGGCUGUUUAUUAGUUAUUUAGAUUUUAAAACAAACAUUUUAAUUGUUUUUCCAAAUGUUUACAUUUAUUCAUCAUGAAGACUUUAUCAGCUGAAAGAGUUUAUUUCAUUGGAAGCAACGUGAGACAGAGCUGACAGGAAGGCGCUGCCGCCAGUGCAGAGCUGCUUCAAUCUGGCAGCAGGAUGAAUAAAUCUGGGAUCAAACGGGAACUUUCUGGACCGUCGGUGGAGGAAACAUCAGUUCCAGCUAAGAGGCCAGAUGGGUUCAUGUUGCUGAACUCCUGGGACUGAUUUGGGUCAGACGGAACCAGCUGGAUCCGCCUCAGCUAGAACUCUCUGCUGGUUCUGGACUUUGUUCUUCAUCUGGCUGGGAGACAAACCGGGAAUCGGUGUCCGUUUCUUCCCGUCUGUGUUUUUAGCUGAGAUGUUUCCGUCUGAUUGGCUGAUCUGAGCGACUCGUUUUCUACUUGGUUCCAGCCAGCAGAGGCAGAAUAUUAAACACUUUUAUAUAAAAUUUCACUGUUACUGUUCAUUUUUCGAUGCUUCAUUAAUAUUCAAGGCUUCACCAAUAAAUCACAUUUUCUGCUGUUUCAAUAAAGAAAACCACUUUACAG